UUCAUUUCCAGUGCCACUCGAUAAAUGCGCACCGCAUAUGCAUUUUAAUUACCAACAAGCCCUGUGUAGAAGAAUUAGGUCGUCUAGGCUACAGCUCCUGAGUGUAUGUAUAUCUCACACCACAAGUGUUUGUUUAUUUAUUUAUUUAUUUAUUUAUUUAUUUAUUUUACCCAGUGCUUUUUUUGUAUUAUUGGGUUUGUUUGCUUGUGUUUAUGCCGUCGUUUAAACUCCUGUUCCAUCAGUGAAGAUUAACCCCCAUCUCUCUCCCCACCCCAAUCUCAUUUCCCAAAAACAUGCCAAAAGCAAAAUUCAGUGUUUUGGCUCGUCAAAUUGACUUUUGUAAUCCUGGCAUGUUAAUUCAGCUCCUUGUUUGGGGCUCUAAGCACAACAGCGUGUUUACACACGCUCAGCUACCAUACACACACUCGCACGGGUCAUGAUUUGUUAUUUCUGUAGAUGUUCUCUGUCACUGGUGCUUGCUGGGGAGGCCUUGUAUCUCUCUCUCUCUCUUUCUCUCGCUCUUUUUUUUUCUUUGAAAUGGCUGAAGUUUUGAUAUGGAAACAUUUAUUCCCGUGUGUCUCUGUGUCCGUGUCCGUGUCUUUCUCCCGGGCAGUGAUCCUGCUGGACUCGAAGGCACAGCAGACUGAGAUGGAGUGGGUAGCGUCUCCUUCGAACGGGUGGGAAGAGAUCAGCGGGCUGGACGAGAACCUCAUCCCCAUUCGCACGUAUCAGGUGUGCCAGGUGAUGGAACCGAAUCAAAACAAUUGGCUUCGGACUAACUGGAUCGAAAAGGGCGACGCUCAGAGGAUUUUCGUGGAGCUGAAAUUCACGCUGCGGGACUGUAACAGCCUUCCCGGUAUGGUCGGGACGUGCAAGGAAACGUUCAACUUGUACUACCAGGAGACGGAUGCCGAGAUGGGCAGGAAUAUCCGCGAGAGCCAGUAUAUGAAAAUAGACACCAUCGCGGCGGACGAGAGCUUCACGCAGGGCGAUCUCGGCGAGAGGAAAAUGAAGCUGAACACGGAGGUGCGGAUCAUCGGGCCACUCUCGCGCAGAGGUUUCUACUUGGCCUUCCAGGACGUCGGAGCGUGCAUCGCUCUCGUCUCGGUCAAAGUUUACUACAAGAAGUGCUGGUCCAUCAUCGAGAACCUGGCCACGUUCCCGGACACUGUGACGGGAUUUGAGUUUUCCUCACUCGUCGAGGUGGAGGGAACGUGCGUCAGCGACGCCGAGGAGGAGGCCGACAACUCUCCCAAGAUGCACUGCAGCGCCGAGGGCGAGUGGCUCGUGCCGAUCGGGAAAUGUAUCUGCAAGGCCGGGUUUCAUCAGAAAGGCGACUCGUGCGAACCCUGCGGCCGCGGCUUCUUCAAGUCCUCGUCGCAGGACCUGCAGUGUUCGCGCUGUCCUGCCCACAGCUACAACGACAGAGAAGGAUCCCGGAAGUGCGAAUGCGAGGACGGCUACUACCGAGCGCCCUCAGAUCCUCCCUCCGUCGCCUGCACAAGACCUCCUUCAGCUCCUCAGAAUCUGGUCUACAACAUCAACCAGACCACCGUAACCCUCGAGUGGAACCCUCCGGCCGACUCCGGCGGCCGCGGCGAUCUCACCUACCGGAUCAUAUGCAGGAGGUGCAGCUGGGAACCGGAGGAGUGCGUGGCGUGCGGAGGGAACGUGGCGUACACGCCGCAGCAGAUCGGUCUCACGGAAACCUCCGUCACCAUCAGCGAGCUGCUCCCGCACGCCAACUACACUUUCGAGGUGGAGGCCGUGAACGGCGUCUCGGACCUCAGCCGAACGCAGAGACUCUUUGCCGCCGUCAGCAUCGCCACCAGUCAGGCUGCUCCAUCUCAGGUCAGCGAGGUGAUAAAGGAGCGCGUGCUGGAGCACAGCGUCCAGCUCUCGUGGCAGGAACCCGAGCACCCCAACGGAGUCAUCACCGAAUAUGAGAUCAAGUACUAUGAGAAGGACCAGAAAGAUCGCAUCUACUCGACGGUCAAGUCCAAGUCCACGUCGGCCACGGUGAACAACCUGAAGCCCAGCACGGCGUACGUGUUCCAGAUCAGAGCGUUCACCUCGGCCGGGUACGGCAUCUUCGGGCCCAGGCUCGAGGUCACCACCAAGGACGAGUCGUCAGGAAGCGCCACGAUUGUGUCGAGCGAGCAGAACCCGGUCAUCAUCAUCGCCGUGGUGGCAGUAGCCGGCACCAUCAUCCUGGUGUUCAUGGUGUUCGGCUUCAUCAUCGGGAGAAGGCACUGUGGCUACAGUAAAGCAGACCAAGAGGGAGAUGAAGAGCUGUACUUCCAGUUUAAAUUUCCAGGCACCAAAACCUACAUCGACCCCGAAACCUACGAAGACCCCAACAGGGCCGUGCAUCAGUUCGCCAAGGAGCUGGACGCCUCGUGCAUCAAGAUCGAAAGAGUGAUCGGCGCAGGAGAGUUCGGCGAAGUGUGCAGCGGUCGCCUGAAGCUUCCUGGGAAGAGGGAUGUCCCCGUGGCCAUCAAAACUCUCAAAGUGGGCUACACGGAGAAGCAAAGGCGGGACUUCCUGUGUGAGGCGAGCAUUAUGGGACAGUUCGACCAUCCCAAUGUGGUCCAUCUAGAAGGCGUGGUCACCAGAGGGAAGCCGGUCAUGAUCGUCAUCGAGUACAUGGAGAACGGCGCGUUAGACGCCUUCCUCAGGAAACAUGACGGGCAGUUCACGGUAAUCCAGCUGGUCGGUAUGCUGCGCGGCAUCGCCGCCGGGAUGCGCUACCUCUCGGACAUGGGCUACGUGCACCGGGACCUAGCGGCGCGCAACAUCCUCGUCAACAGCAACCUCGUCUGUAAAGUGUCCGACUUCGGCCUGUCCAGAGUGAUCGACGAUGACCCCGAGGCCGUCUACACCACCACUGGGAAGAUGCAGGCUGUAAUGAAUGUGAUGUUUACCCCAGCCACUGACCUGCAUUUUACUGAACAGGGCGGAAAGAUCCCGGUUCGGUGGACAGCCAUGGAAGCCAUCCAGUACCGUAAAUUCACAUCAGCUAGCGACGCGUGGAGUUACGGCAUCGUCAUGUGGGAGGUCAUGUCCUACGGCGAACGGCCGUACUGGGACAUGUCCAAUCAAGACGUCAUCAAGGCUAUCGAGGAGGGGUACCGUCUUCCAGCACCCAUGGACUGCCCUCCAGGACUCCACCAGCUCAUGCUGGACUGCUGGCAGAAGGAGCGAGCCGACCGGCCCAAAUUCGACCAGAUCGUCGCCAUUUUGGACAAAAUGAUCCGCAAUCCCAGCACGUUAAAAACGCCAGUGGGAACGUGUACGAGACCCAUCAGUCCGCUGCUGGACCAGAGCCCGCCAGACUUCAGCUCGUUCCGCUCGGUGGGCGAGUGGUUGGAAGCCAUUAAGAUGGAGAGAUACAAAGACAACUUCACAGCAGCCGGCUACAGCUCACUCGAAUCCGUGGCGAGGAUGACUAUCGAGGACGUGAUGAGUUUGGGAAUCUCGCUCGUGGGCCAUCAGAAGAAAGUCAUGAGCAGUAUACAGACUAUGAGAGCUCAGAUGCUGCACCUGCACGGCACGGGCGUCCAGGUGUGACGGACGGACGGACGGACGGACGGACGCCGGGAACUGCCCCCCGGGAGCGGGGCGGGGACUUAGAAGAUAGCGCGGAUAAUCACCGCGAAAUAAGAUAAAUAACACUAAUAAAAAAACCACACGAUGUCUCUCUCGGAACGGGGACUCUUCCAGACGCUGCGGAGACAAGAACUCGUUUCUUCGUUCACCGGCGAAGGACGUUAAGUGACGGUGCUGAAUCGGUGAACGUGCGAAAGGAAAACGGAAGGAGAGAAUACUUCCUGGAAACAUGUCGGUGGAGAGACAGAGCGGGUUUUUUUUUUGUUGUUGUUGUUGUUGUUUUUUUGUUUUUUUUUCAGCAAAUUGAUGCUUUUUAACCUUUUUUUUUUUUUUUUUUUUUCCCGGUGUGUUUUUUUUUUUCCUGCUCAUCGUCGGUAUUGACUCCUUCACUAGAUCACGGAUAUUUUUUACAAAGAUAACGAACAAAACAAUGCACAAAGUAAUCAAAUCCAAUGCGUACACGAACAAAAAAAAAAAAAAAACGCCGUUGUUUUUGAUUUCCGUUUCUUUCCUACAUACAUUCCACUCCAUACACUCCGACGGGGACAUUUACAUCUUUAACCAACGCCAGCUUUCCCGAUUCCUUUAAGUUUGACGGUUUGCCUUAUUGGAUUUUUAAGUGUGGAUUCGACAACAGGGUAAAAAUUCGCCGCUAUACUCAGCGGGGCAGAAGCACGGACCUCGAUGUGGACGUAACCUCGGCUCCUCUGCUCGCAGUGAGUCGGAACCUCGCAGUGUAUUUUUUAUUAUUAUUAUUAUUAUUAUUAUUUUUUAUUCAUCCGGCUCCUCCGCGUCCGCAAUCUCUCGGGAGUAUUCCUCGCGAGUGCGCCUCGACGUGCCCGGCGUACGGAUGGCCGAGUUUUAUGACGCGGCUGAAAGUUAAGAACUUCGAGAACCACUUCCCGAUAUUAUUGUUGUUUUUUUUUUUGUUGAACACUCGAAUGCAUCUUAUUUUAUUUCCCCAUUCUGUUGCCUGCCUUUCUUUCCUUGUUAUUUUUUUUUCCAUGAGGUGUCUCCACGUAGAUAGCACUAUUGAAGACAGUAUUUAAUAUAAAAACGGUUCGAUCUAAAGUUAAUCGUUCGGCUCGCGAUUGUUUUUGGUUUUUUUUUGCAGAUGUUGCAAAUAUUUUAUGUUUCCGUAAUCCAGUCCAGUCAGUUCUAAAUGAAACUGAUAUUACCUUAAAACCUUAGAAGCGGAUAUAGACUCGAGGUACUUCUCCGGAUGAAUAAUUCUCUAGGGUUUUUUUUUUUCGUUUGUUUUUUUUCCCAUCGAAUGUUUUUUUUUUUUGUAAAAAUCUAAUGUUUCGGGGUUGUUGUUGUUGUUGUUGUUGUUUUUUCGCAGAACAUUUCUCAUUCUCGCUCAGUUGUGGGAACUGGACGACGUGGAUGUAGACUAGAAGGUCAUAUAUGAAUCGAAAUAUAUAUAUGAGUCUGGAAGAGACAGAUCAAUCAGAGCAAUAAUAAUUACCGAGAUGGUCCUUUUUUUUUUUUUUUUGUGAUAUUAAGGUGCUAUGUAGAUUUUUACCAUUUUGGCUCGUCGGCUGAUCACGGCAGAACUUCGGGAAAGGGAGAGACGCCGGAGAGCGCGAUUUAUACAUGGGUUUCCUCUCGUUUCUGGACAGCGGGGUAAUCGAAAAACCACAAGAAUGUACUUUUGCGUGUAUGCGUGUGCGUGUGUGGACGUGUGCGUGUCUUCCUUCUUGAUUAGAGAGCUCGAAGAAAGAGGAAUUCGCUUUCUCAAACAUGCGGUUAAAGCCAGUUUCUCAGUG